CCAAUCAGCGGGCGACUCCCCAGGCAGCGCGCGCCGCACGGGAGCCCGGGUAGCCGCUGUGGAAGGCGGACGCUCAGCGCCGGGCCGAGACAAGGGGAGGGGGAAACCGGGGUCCCGGAGCUACGUCACCGGGGGGACCCCACUACCAAGGAGACCGGGUCCGGAGCUACGUCACCGGGGGGACCCCGUUACCAGCAAGGGCUGGGUUCUAGAGCCGUGUUGCCAAGGCGACCGGGGGACAUGCCCGCCGGCCUCGCCGCCCUGGGGGCUCUAGCGCUGCGUUGCUAGGAGACCAGGGUCCAGAGUCCCAGCGCCGAGCAGGAGGGGUCGGGGUGCUAGAGCCGCACAGACAGGUUGCCAUGCCGACCAGGGUGUGAGUUCUAGAGCAGCGUAGCCGAGAGACCCGGAUGUUCCGGAGCCGCUUUCCCAUGGGGGGGGUUCUAGACCGGCGCUCGUGAGAGGUUCUCGAUCCUGAGAGCAGAGGGAAGAACUAGAGACACGUGGGGGGCGGUUCUGGAGCUCUGUCAGCAAGAGGGGGUUCUAGAACCGCAGAGGGGCAGUGGGUCUAGAGAUGGGAAAGGGCCUUGCCAGGCUCCAGAACUGCAUUGCAUAGGAAGGCAAAGGGGAUCCAGAGCUGGGGAAGGGGGAGGCGUCCAACCCGUCCCUCUUGCUCUAUCUCAGCCUCCAGGCCCCCCAUGCUUUGGCUCCCCUGAGCCCACGGGGGGGCCGGUAGCGGGGUCCCCCCACCCCCUGCAGGGAGCCAUUGCACUUUAGCAGCAGCCAGGGUGGGGAGACGAUGCUGUGAGCUGUUGUGUCGUCAGCUAUAUGACAAGGGAGGUAAUGGGAGGGAAUUAAUCUCACACACACACACCCGGGGCAGGAGAGGUUGGGGCAGGUCUAGUGCCUGCAGCAGGAGCUGGGUAAAUUUCCAGCCACUGCUACCAUGAGUUGCUCCGGUCUCAGCCAGUAAACUUUUCAGAGAAGAAUAGAACCCAGGAGUCCUGGCUCCAAGCCCCCCUGUUCUAACCCACUAGACCUCACCCCCUCCCAGAGCUGGGAUAGAACCCAGGAGUCCUGACUCCGAGCACCCCCUCCCCAAUGCUGGGGAGGGGGAGCCGGCCAUGCCGUCUGAGGCCCUGCCCUGCUUCCAGCUGCUGCGGAUGGGCCCAGCCUGCCCGGGGGAUGACCCAAACCGGGACCUGCACACCUUCCGGCCAGCUGAGCCGCACUGCACCUACCGGCUGGGGCGCCGGGCCGAGGUCUGCGACGUCCCCCUGGUGUCAGAGCGCAACCCGGGGCUGGUGUCCCGUGUCCACGCUGAGAUCCACGCCGAGAGGGACCCGCACAGGACGGCCGGGGAGUGGCGGGUCUGCCUGGUGGACUGCAGCACCCAUGGCACCUACGUCAACGCGGUGCGGGUGCCCCGGGGCCGCCGCCUGGAGCUGAGCGACGGAGACCUGGUCACCUUCGGCCACCCGGACCCCGUGCCCGAGGGCUGUGCCCUGGCACCCCCGCCUGAUGACUCGGAGUUCUGCUUCCUCUUCCAGAAGGUGCGGGUGCAGCCCCAGGAUUUCGCCGCCAUCACGGUCCCCAAGGCCCCCUGGCCGCUCCCCUGCGGCUUCAAACCUGUGCUGCCUGGCGGCAACCAUCGCAUCCGGCCGCUAGCCCGGCCCGCGGGACCCUCUCACCCUUCCCGCCCCAAGGCCACCCUGAUCCUCAGCUCCAUUGGCAGCAUCAGCAAGCUCAAGCCACAGCCGCUGACUUUCACCCUGAGCCGGGGUCCGAGGUCGGAGCCUCCCACCCGGCCCGGGGCCUCCAGGAGCCGUCGGAAGUCGGCCCACACGCUGCUCCCUGAGCUGGAGGACGAGGUGACCCGGCUAGACGAGGAGCAGUGGGCUUGUGAGCCGGACGGAUACAGCUGCCAAAGCCCGCUGCGGAAGGCGCCGGAGGGGGCAGGGAGCGGCCGGGCGCAGCCGGACGCGCGACUGAAGGUCCAGGUCACGCCAAGCGGGAAGCGGCGGGGGCGGCCACGGAAGCACCCGCUGCGUGACACCUGCCAGGUGUUCUCGCAGACGCUGCUGGCGGCGGAGCCCUGCGCAGCCCCGCGCUGCCGCCUGCCCCAGGACGAGACGGUGCAAUGGGUGCAGUGCGACGGCUGCGAUGCCUGGUUCCACGUGGCCUGCGUGGGCUGCAGCUACAGCGCCGUCCAGGAGGCCGACUUCCGCUGUGGGGGCUGCCACACGUAGCCGCGGGACAGGGAAACACGGAGCACGGGGCAGCCAGGAGACUGGAGACUGUGCAAGAUGGGCACGGAGUGGUGAAACCAGGCCUGGCGAUUGUGCACAGAGACAGUGACUAGUGAAACUGUGCCAGGCGGGUUGUGCACAUACAAGCAGCGACAGAUGAAACAUGACAGCUUAGAAGGGACUGGUGAAAUCAUGGGAGACAAGCAAGGACUGGUGAAAUUGUGCCAGGCGAUUGUGCAUGCACAGGCAGUGGCGGGUGAAAACAUGCACAGCGGCUAGUGCCACCAUGCCAGCCAAGUGGGGACUGGGUGAAAACAGCCAAGGAGCCUGAAGCAAGAAACGUAAGCCGGGCACGUGGCUGGCGAUGGAAACAAGAGAUGCCCGACUCAUGACUUGUGCAAAAGUGCAAAGAUGAUUGUGCAAACCUGGGAGCUGAGCACAUCCCCCUGGGCUGGGAUUUCUGUUCCCCUGCAGGGGAGCAGGGAAUGGGACACGGGGCCUUUCCCCUCUACGGGGCACUGGCUCCACAAUCCAGCCCCAGCGCACAUGAGCUGUGGCUUGUGAAAAUGUGCCUGGUGGGGUGAGAGCCAAUGGAGGGCCGAUACCUGAGCAGCGCCUCACACUGUCUGUGCCAGGCUUUCGCUCCCAAUUGGGCCGGGCAUUGGCCCGGUGCCACCUCAGAGCAUUUGGCAGUCGUGCGCAGCAUGGACAUCGAAGCAGCGACUUGCAGAGACUACACGCGGCCCUCGUGACAAAACAAGACAGCUGUGCAGCCUCGCACUAGGAGGUGACCUGGCCGUUUCCACGCCCACGAGGACUCCAGGAGGGCAUCCAAGACACGCAUACCUCCGUGUGAUUGACUCAUCUGCCCUCCUUUACACCCCAUUCCCUUCCUUCUUUCCGUAGCAGCCGCUUCUCCCUGCACCUGGAUUUCCCUGUGCGAAUAAACCCAAUCAUCGUGGCCUCCCACGGAGCCGCUUCCCCGCUCCCUUCUUCCUUCCAGGGGAGGGGAGACGGAAAAGGAGGGAGUGAAAACGUGCCGGAAAGGCCAGAAAAACUGGAUUUUUCAGCCUGUUCCUAAAACGGGGUUCUUCUUCCUAUUCCUAAACCGGACCUUUCCCUCCCACGAUGCUGGUGAAUGGCUCCCCGCGCCCCGCUGCAGGCGGAGAUGCGGAUCCACCUCUCCCCUCGGUUAUUUUUUCCUUCUUUUGCUCUGGCACCAAAAAAAAAAAGGGGGGGGGUUUUCUAACCGAUCACCUGUUUGUUUUUCCUCCACCGUCCCGCUCCACUUGUGCCCAUUGCAGUCUAACGUGCGCUGCAAAACCAACCCCCAGCGAAUGGUUUGUAUGUAGCUCCUGCCCACUCCGAAUUUGCUGCAGCACAGAGCACCGUAUGUGCCUAGCUCCUUUCUCCGCUACUGCGCGCUUGCUGGUGGGAGGCUGGCAUUGCAAGCCUGGGAAUUGACCCUCCGUGGGCAGGAGUAGCCGAGGGGCGCACCCCCAGAGGGGAACUGCGGCUCAGGGGGCAGGGAGUUGGGAGAUCAAGACCCUCUUGCAGGAUUUAUUCCAUCAUCUGCACUUCGGUCCCAUUCCCUGCUGGCCACAGCCGUCGCUUCCCCGGAUCCGGUCCUACACAAUCAAACCGAACCUGCAGGCAGAUUUCUGUGUGGCCCGGGUUCAGGUGGGGAGGGGAGUGGGGUCUAGUGGUUAGAGCGGGGGGGGGGGGACCAGGACUCCUGGGUUGUGUCCCCAGCUCGGGGAGGAGAGUGGGGACUAGUGGCUAAAGCAGGGCAGGCUGGGAGCCAGGACACUCUCUUGCUGCCCCAGUGACCUGAGUUUCAGUCUUUUCCUGUUACAGCCGCCCCAGUGAGAAGAGGCAGGGUCAGGGCUGCGGUGCUAGCCCAGGGCGGGGGGUCUCCUGGCUGGGAAGGGCUGGGGAGGUAGCCAAGGCCAGGUGGCCUUGGGGGAGUUAAAUCCUGCCAGGCAAGGCCCCACCCUGAGUCAGUGGCUGCCCUCGCUUCCCUGCUGGAGCUUGGACCUGCCCGCUGCCUCUCGCUCCAUGCAGCAGUGUGCGGUACAGUCGCUCUGCGAGCCCUACCUGGGAAACAAGACGGGGCGCUGGUGCUGGCCCUGGCUCUGAGUGCUGGAUCUGUGCUGCAGGGAGCGGGGCGGAGGCUUGGCAGGGGGCGCGUCAGGAGAGGGUGUUCUUCCCCACGUUACAAAGCCAGACAUGGACACCACACAUCGUUUGGGUAACGAGUUAUUUAAUAAGGCACCAAGAGGGGGAUGGGCGCGAGCGUGCAGCAGCUUCUUGUCAAGACACCGCCUGGGAUUCUCGCCCCUGCCCAGUAAAACCCAAAUCACUUUCCCCACAUUAGAUUCAGCAGCAAAAAAAAAAAAAAAGAGAGAGAAGAUCGGGGGGGGGGAGGGAAGCAGGUGGCAGGGAUGCAGCAAGAGGGGUCAGGACCCUCUCACCUCCUGCUGGAGAAAAAGAGUCUUACACUAUUUACACCAUUCCCUAAAAAAGAGCUACGAAGUCUAGAGGAACGUGGCUGAUCUAGAGGAAAAAAAAAACAAACCCGAGGUUCCUGGGAUGGGAGAUGGGGGGCUGUGGGGUCCCUGGGAGUUGUUGCAGAGCAGCCAGACACUCAGGAGGCUGGAGGGGGUUGGCGUGGUUCUGGAGUCACAGUGGUUCUAAAUUCCUCCUGUCCUGGUUCUGGAGUCACUGCGGUCUAGACUGACACGUGUUGGUUCUGGAAUCACUGUGGUUCAGUAUCGUGAUGUCUUUGGCAAAGGGAGCAAGGUUCUAGACUCACUGUACUCAUUCUAGAGUCAACAAAGAGCUGCUGCAGCUCUGGACUGUCCCCCCUGCAACCUGAGGUUCCUGAAGGGGAGAUAGGGUUGGACCCCCCUGCCCUAGACCCUCCAGGGGAGGAGGCCUCAAAAAUGGGUGACUCUCAGAACUGGGUGACUGGGCUCUAGAGCCAGAGUGGUUAAUCUAGAUCAGUGGUUCUCAAACUG